CCAAGCAUCGACAGAUAACUUACAAGUCAACACAAUGGCGGAGGAUCGAGAGUACGAUGGGUAUAACCCAAAUCCAAAGAGGAGACGACUUGAUACACCUCGCCAAAGAUUUCAGAAUGAUUCGCGCACCUCAACUCCCCACAGGGCACAAUCGCGUUAUGCUUCUACACCACCGCCCCGAAAUAUAGGACCGACCGAGGAGGAUUCAAAGGCGUUAGACCGAGACUGGUACGGAGGUGAUGAAUUUGGCGGUCACAGUUUUGGAGAUGAAGCCCAUAACCCAUUCGCCUCCUACGACUCCUGGGAAGGACAGCAACAGGAAACCGCCCGACACGAAAAGAUGACUAGUCGUUUCGACGCGCGGCGAGACCAGAGGAACCGAGAGAAUGAUGCUUGGGAAACGAACCGAAUGCUGCAAUCAGGCGUCGCGCAAAGACGGGAUAUGACAUCCGACUUCAUUGACGAUGAUGACUCGAUUAGAGUUCAUCUUCUGGUACACGAUCUACGGCCACCCUUUCUUGACGGACGAACUAUUUUCACAAAGCAACUAGAACCAAUUCCAGCUGUUAAAGAUCCUCAGAGUCAUAUGGCCGUUUUCAGUCGCAAGGGCAGUAAGGUGGUGAAGGAAGCAAGGCAGCAGAGAGAACGUCAACGGCAAGCCAAGGAAGCCACAAGCAUGACCGGAACGACUCUUGGAAACAUUAUGGGUGCAAAAGAGGAAGACGGCGAUUCUGCACUGCCAGUACCUGCUGAGGAUAACGCCGACCCGAGUGAGCGCAAGGGUAACAAAUUCAGCGCACAUAUGAAGAAGGCCGAUGGCGCGAGUAACUUCAGCCAGAGCAAAACCUUACGGGAGCAACGGGAAUAUCUGCCUGCAUUUGCAGUUCGUGAAGACCUUCUCAGUGUCAUUAGAGAAAACCAAGUUGUUAUCUGUGUUGGUGAGACAGGUUCUGGCAAGACGACACAGCUGACACAGUUCCUCCAAGAGGAUGGAUAUGGAAAGACGGGCAUGAUUGGAUGUACACAACCGCGACGCGUAGCUGCAAUGAGUGUAGCCAAGCGUGUUGCUGAAGAGAUGGAGGUUGAGUUAGGAAGCACGGUCGGUUAUGCGAUUCGCUUUGAAGACUGCACCAGCAAAGAGACUGUCAUCAAAUACAUGACCGAUGGUGUUCUCUUGCGAGAAUCCCUCAACGAGCCUGAUCUAGAUCGAUAUUCAUGUGUCAUCAUGGACGAGGCCCACGAGCGUGCCUUGAACACAGAUAUCCUAAUGGGUUUGUUCAAGAAGAUUUUACAGAGGCGUCGCGACCUGAAGCUCAUCGUCACUUCGGCCACCAUGAACUCGAAACGCUUCUCAGACUUCUUUGGUGGUGCACCUGAGUUCAUCAUUCCUGGACGAACUUUCCCAGUCGACGUCAUGUUCCAUCGGUCUCCCGUCGAGGAUUAUGUGGACCAGGCAGUUCAUCAAGUGUUGUCAAUUCAUGUUUCAAUGGGCCCUGGCGAUAUUUUAGUAUUCAUGACAGGCCAAGAAGACAUCGAAAUCACUUGCGAGCUUAUCCAAAAACGACUUGAUGCCCUCAACGACCCCCCAAAGCUGAGUAUCUUACCAAUAUACAGUCAAAUGCCUGCAGAUCUGCAAGCAAAGAUUUUCGACAAAGCUGCGCCUGGUGUCCGAAAAUGCAUUGUUGCCACCAACAUUGCUGAAACUAGUUUGACGGUCGAUGGUAUUAAAUACGUCGUGGAUGCUGGCUACUCCAAGAUGAAAGUCUACAAUCCGAAAAUCGGCAUGGAUACGCUUCAGAUCACACCCAUCUCGCAGGCCAACGCCUCGCAACGUUCAGGACGAGCCGGUCGAACCGGGCCUGGAAAGGCCUUUCGACUGUACUCAGAAAAGGAGUUCAAGGAAGAUCUGUACUUACAGACUAUUCCUGAAAUCCAGCGCACGAACCUUGCUAACACUGUCUUGAUGUUGAAAUCUCUCGGCGUCAAGGACCUCUUGGACUUUGACUUUAUGGACCCUCCUCCGCAAGACACUAUCACAACAUCAAUGUUUGACUUAUGGGCCCUUGGUGCGCUUGACAAUCUCGGUGAGCUUACUGAUCUUGGAAGGAAAAUGAGUGCUUUUCCCAUGGACCCCUCGCUGGCCAAGCUUCUCAUUACAGCGGAAGAAUAUGGCUGCAGUGAAGAGAUGAUUACCAUUGUUUCUAUGCUGUCCGUGCCAAACGUUUUCUACCGACCGAAAGAGAGACAAGAAGAAGCUGAUGCUGCCCGCGAGAAAUUCUGGGUGCAUGAGUCAGAUCAUUUGACAUACCUACAGGUUUACACAAACUGGAAGGCCAACGGUUACUCCGACGGUUGGUGUGUUAAGCACUUUCUGCACCCGAAAUCUUUGAGGCGGGCCAAGGAAAUUCGUGAACAGCUUUUGGAUAUUGUCCGUAUGCAAAAGAUGGAAUUGACAAGCUGUGGGAUGGACUGGGACAUUGUCCGCAAGUGCAUUUGCUCGGGAUACUACCACCAAGCAGCCAAAUACAAAGGCUCAGGCGAAUACAUCAACCUGCGCACCAACCUCGGUGUGCAGCUGCACCCAACAAGCGCAUUGUAUGCAGGGCAUCCACCGGAUUACAUCGUUUACCACGAGUUGAUCCUCACUUCCAAGGUUUAUGUUUCAACAGUGACAGCCGUGGACCCCCACUGGCUUGCAGAUCUCGGUGGUGUCUUCUACUCGGUUAAGGAAAAGGGUUAUUCGGUUCGGGAUAAACGAAUCACUGAAACAGAAUUCAACCGAAAGAUGGAGAUUGAGGCCAAGAUGGCUGAUGACAAGCGGAAGGACGAGGAAAGGAAACAGAUAGAAGAAGAUCGGACUCAAAAGAAGAGCAAGAAGAUAGGGGCAGACGGUAAGAAGUUUGUAACACAAGGUGCAGUCAAAAAGCCUGUCAUAAAGAGACGUGGUAGGGGGUUUUAAGCGGCGCCUCGGAUGAGUUUCUAUCAUUCUAACCUAGG